AUGGAGGCGCGUUGUACUCCAGCUCAUGUUAGGCAAGUUCGAGGCUGUGGUGGUACUCUAGGAAUCUACCGGAAUGAAUUUGUCAAUGUCCAAAGUCUGUACCUGGCACGCAAGUACAAACAGUGUAUCACUCUCUGUGAGGAUCUCCAAGGACUGAAGUUGCAUCCGUUGCACGAAGGAUUUCUCUGGUACUACCAUGCCAUUUGUAACGAGUGCAUGGGUCUAGCUGCGCACAACUUUUCAAGAAACAAAGUCCACUUCCUCGAACUGGCAAGAGACAGCCUUGACACCGCCUUGAGGGUUCUUCCAUUACCUUAUGCGACCUCUACACUUCAAAAUCAAAAGGAACACGAAGAGUCGCCUCUGGCUGCCAGAUCACCUACGAAAGCUGUGCACUACCGUCUGAACAUCCAUUCGCCACCAACACCAUGCGAUAAUACCUUGUCCCUUCCAGUCUCAAAUUCCAUUGACAGCAUGUACUCCGUCCAGACCUGCCCUUCCAAACCUCAAUAUGAUUCCAGUGGAGAAGAGACGGAGGAAGGAGAAGAUGAGGGAGGAGUACCAGCAGAGAUCCUUCCUCCACACCAGAGUCCUACCCCUACGACAUCGACAGCUUCAGAUCCAACCCACAAAGACCGUCUUCUCAAGAGUCUCAGUACAAUGCACACACUAACCGAAGAGCUCGUGCCAUCUCCACUAUUCAGCCGAUUGCGCAAGUCUGCCACCAUCUCUCAAGAACCCGAGCCCAGUGACUCGGGGUGUCAUGAUACUCGUGGAAGCACCUCGAAACCCUUACCACCAUUGCCUUUCAACCACAAAACAGACUUCCAAGUCCUCGGGACUCGAAUCGUCCAGAUUCCCAAAUCUACCCCUGUACGCAAGACCGCUGUGCAAACACUCAUCGCUCGCUAUGAUGGUCUCCUUCCAUUUCCACCGUCUCCCGUUUCCACCGACCCUCUCUGGUCGCCUUUCCCGAUCACCCCAAGAUACGAUAAGAUCAAGGAGGCCUUCAGCCUUGAUACGCACAAUCACCAUCUCGAAGCCUAUCUCUACUGUGCCGACCUCACUCACUACAACGCCAGCCUGUCCGAAUUCCGCCACCAGUUACGAAACCAGCUCACCUUCAUCAACACGCAGCUAAACCAAGUCCAUGCCGCGCAGGCAGAACAUGCCCAAUCGAAAGCCCUGACCCAGAACCGCCUAGCAAGCUUCUGGUCACUAGAUCCCGCCUCCCACUCGGCCCGCGACAUCUCUCGCUCGACAAGCGCGACGGGAGAGCGAGGACCACCGGAUCCAAGAGCCACUGCCAGGCAAGCACGGAUCGAGAAGCUGCGUCGCAAUGGGUGGGCGGUGUCGAAAGAAAGCCACGGCUUCAAGGGUGAGCAAUAUUACGAUGGACUGAGGAGGAUAGCAGAGCGCGAACUCGAAGCCCUCGACAGACUGCAUAAACGCCUGACCAGCGUGGAGCUGUGA